CAUGGGUCUGUGCCCAACGCCACAGGAUCCCCUGCCGGCAAAGACUGAUAGUAGAUAAUCCAAGUAAGUUGUCAUUCCCAUCUUUCCGCACAGGCCAAGUCCUGGAGCAGGGCUGGUCCAGCCUCAGCUGCAUGAGGAAAGGGCGAGGAAGCAGCAGGAUGUAGCCUCGGCCCGCGUUACUCUCGGCUAGGAGCUUACAGAAUGGGCUAACCUAUCCACAGUCUUCUGAAUGAGGACUUAGAAUGGGGCUUUGGGAAAGGCGGUUUGUAUCGAUGAGUGAGCAAAUAAAUGAUCAGUUGAACACACAGAGUGUUCGGGAGGACACUGGUAGAAGGAACCAAGGCCAACCCAAGGACUUAGGCUAUUGCUCUACCCAUGCUGUCAACAUCCUGCUUGUUUUUGAGCUGGUCACUGUCACCCUCCAGGCCUGAUGGAUGGUCUUGCUUUUCUUUUUCUUUUCUUUUUCUUUUUUUUUUUUUUUUUUGAGAUAAGGCUUGGCUUUCCUGAAACUUACAAUAUAGACUAGGCUGGCCUUGAACUGACAGAGAUUUACUUGUCUCUGCCUCAGAAUGCUGUGAUUAAAGGUAUGUGCCACCAUACCUGGCUCUGGUCUUGUACUGUUAAUUUACUCCUCUUUGGUUUUUACCCUGGUUCACUCUCUCCGCCAGCGUUCUUAGAUAGAGGUGACCCACCUUGGUCAGUGGAUGCUGAAUCUGGAGCUUGAAGAUGGGGCUGAAAGUUUGCAUUUAAAACUUUUGAGAAGCUGUAUGCCUUCUGUCCAACUGCCCCAUCCCAUCCUAGUGGCCUGUUUCCUCCGUCUGCUGAGCCCGGCCCUCUGCUCCCUUCUACCACUCUGCCCCCUCCCACCUACCUUGGCCAUCACUGCGGCGUGAGGCAAUCAUUCCAUCCUUGACCCUCUGCACAGUGACUCAUGGCUUUUUUAUCUCCGAGCGAUGAUGCACAGCCUUCCGCUGGAAGUAUUUAAGGCAGAGCGCUUGGUUCAAACCACAGCUGCAGGACUCAAGACCUUGAACGGUUCAGGGGGAGCAAACCCUUGAGUGUGGCCACAUUGCAGAACGGUACUGCCGCAUCUGCCAGCAAACUAUGUUGCUAGCCACAUUUAAGUUGUGUGCUGGGAGCUCCUACAGACACAUGCGGAACAUGAAAGGACUGAGGCACCAAGCUGUGCUGGCCAUUGGCCAGGAGCUGAACCGGAGAACACUGGGAGACGCCAGUUCUGGGUGGAUCAGUCAGGUUCGGCGUCGGAGCUCUCUGCUUGGUUCUCAGCUGGAAGCGACACUCUAUAGUGAGCAGGAGCUGUCCUACAUCCAGCAGGGAGAGGUGGCUAUGCAGAAGGCCUUGGGCAUCCUCAGCAACCAGGAAGGCUGGAAGAAGGAGACCCAGCAGGAAAAUGGCGAUGAAGUGCUAAGUAAAGUAGUCCCAGAUGUGGGCAAGGUGUUUCGGUUGGAGGUGGUGGUAGACCAGCCUAUGGACAGACUCUAUGAAGAACUUGUGGACCGCAUGGAGGCUAUGGGAGAGUGGAACCCAAAUGUCAAGGAGAUCAAGGUCCUGCAAAAGAUCGGGAAAAACACAAUCAUCACCCAUGAGCUGGCUGCAGCAGCAGGAAACCUGGUGGGGCCCCGUGACUUUGUGAGCGUGCGCUGUGCUAAGCGCAGAGGCUCCACCUGUGUGUUGGCAGGCAUGGCCACACAUUUUGGGGAGAUGCCCGAACAAAGCGGUGUCAUCAGAGCUGAACACGGUCCCACCUGCAUGGUGCUUCACCCAGUGGCUGGAAGUCCCUCAAAGACUAAAUUCACUUGGCUCCUUAGUAUUGACCUCAAGGGAUGGCUGCCGAAGACUAUCAUCAACCAGGUCUUAUCGCAAACCCAGAUGGACUUUGCCAACCAUCUGCGCAAGCGCCUGGAGUCCAGCCCUGCCUCUGAAGCCCGGUGUUAACUGUGCCCACUAUAUCAACCUGUACACCAUCAGCAGACUCCCGCAGGAAGCCUUCAAGUCCGUUGAAAUCUUCAGCUGGUGUAACGGGAGGAGUAGCCAUCAGAAUCUAGGACUGGCUAGUAAAAAUUGGCCAUCAGGAAAAUAGAAAUGAGGCUGAGAAAAGACCUCUAGCCUCUCCCACUGAUUAGCUGUGAAGUGGAGGCUAAGGGAUAAACAUCUGUUAAACCAUUCCAGUAGCUGAUGUGACAAGGUGGGGUGCUCAAAGCCACGGCCUCAAGCAGUGUACACAGAGCAGUUUUAUGCAGGGAACUCCAGUGACCUGCUCCUCCAUAAAAGGCCCAGAACAACAAACUACCCACAAAUGGACCCUUCCCCAGCAUAUUCCAAGUUUUGUCUAAGAAGAAACAAACUAGUUAUUCUGCUGGCUUCCUUACUUACUCCGUCACAAUAAAGCACCAUCCAUGCAAAUCUCAGUCUGCCCUUGUCAAGUCCUGCUCCACAGCAUCUGUGAUGGG